AUGUUAAAUGCAAUUAAUUCAAGUUGUUGUAUUUUCUUAAUUCUUCAAAAUGAUACAUCUUUGCAUAAUAAAAAUGUAAUUAUCGAUGUUGGUGAAGGAACAAUAAAAGGAUUAAAAGCACCCGAUGGAGAAUAUUAUAUGUAUUUGGGUAUACCAUACGCAAAAGUUGACGAAAGUAACUACUUUGGAAGUGGAAGUGCUCAAGCAUUAACAGUUCUGCAUGACCCUGAUAAAUUAGCGCCACUGAAGAUGGCUAGGUACAUUGGUUUAGAAACUGAUGAUAUUGAAAAAGCCGUGUCGUAUCUUUCAACCGUUAAAACUAAUUUGGUUAUCAAUGCUGCGGCCAAACUAAAUAUACAAUUUAAACCUUGCGUAGAAACUCUAUUUGAUGAUGUCGAGCCUUUUAUAGAAAACUCUUGGAUUGAUGCUAAAGUGCCUAAAGUUAAGAACAUGUCUAUUAUAAUAGGUUUCACUAAUCUUGAAAUGGCGCCGCUUUAUACACAGGAUGAAAAAUAUUUCAAUAAUUUGUCUAUUUUGAACAAAAGUUUGGCUCAAGUCUUUGAUAAAGAGAAAAUAAGGGAUUCAAAAGAUAUAAUUGCACAUUUUUACUUUGGUGAUGAAAAGAUCGGUAGUAAUGUGAAAUGGGAUAUUAUUCGUUUUGCUUCUGAUUUCACAUAUAUACAUCCAAUUCAUAGAACUUUGAAAAAGUAUUUAGAAAACGGAGCAGGACCCAUUUAUUUUUACAUGUUCUCGUAUGUUGGUAGCAGGAACACAGUCGUAACUAGUAGUUACGAUGAACUGGAUUCUAGCCGUUUGUGUUGUGCCUCUCAUAAUGAUGAUCUUGAUUAUUUAUUCAGUAUACAGAAUAAACCUGCUCUUACUGAAGCUGACACAUUGACCAUGCAACGCAUGACAAGGAUGUGGACUAAUUUUGCUAAAUACAGUAACCCAACUCCGGUCAUCAACGAAGUCCUUCCAGUCCUCUGGGAACCAGUUACAAAAAACACUUAUAUAUACCUAAAUAUCGACACUAAGCUGGCCCUUGGAAAACGACCACUACAUCGACGAAUGGCAUUUUGGGAUCUUUUCUAUGAUCACAAAAAGCUGUCUCAAACAAGCUACGAGGAUGAUUAA